AUAGAAAUAUUUUCAUUUUCUUAUGAACCAUGGAAAAAAGAAAAUUCAAAAAAUAAGAAGAAGAAGAUUCUUGAGAAAUUGGGCUGUGGGCUUUAACUUCGUCGCGUUCAGGGGCCUGUGGACUGGUGAGAGUGUGCGAGACCCGAGACAAUCAUCACCUAGCCGGGUUAGGCCUGGUUUCAACUGAAACAGUUUAUAAGGUUAGGGUUUAUCAGAGGUACCAAAGAAACAACGAGGGUUUUAUCAAGGCUAACGACGGUUGAAGAAAUAACUGAUACCUCUAAAAUCCAGCCAAGAGCUGCAAAAGGUUCACUAUUGAGACAUAUAAAUGGCGUAUUCCCAUGGGCGCGAUUUCCUCUUCUGCAACUUGUGUGGGACAGUUUUAGCAUUUGGUUCGACUAAACAUGCCCAAUGUCCCUUAUGCAAGUCUAAACAAAAAUUGAAAGAUAUCAUUGGAAGAGAAAUAUCUUACACUGUCACGGCUGAGGAUAUUAGAAGGGAGCUUGGUAUAGUACUAAUUGGUGAAGAAAAAGUGGAGUUGUCAAAGAUAAAAAGAAGAUGUGAAAAAUGCGGUCACGAUGAGGCUUCAUAUUAUACGAGACAGAUGAGAUCAGCAGAUGAAGGUCAAACCACAUUUUAUACAUGUACCAAAUGCCAACAUCAGUUUCAAGACAAUUAAUAUCGUAUUGUCAUGUUUUUUCUUAUAAGAAACAUUAUACUUAUUAUCAAAUAUUCCUUUGAAUGAAAUUGCUUGGCCUUUCAAGCCAAAAAAAAAAAAAAGGAAAUUGCUUGGCCUUUUCCACAA